GGGUUGCUGAAGGCCUAUUCUACCCCGGAUCUUCACGGGUAUAGUCGAGUAGAGAUCUGAAGACAUGAAGGUCAUCUCAGGACAUAUUUCUCUGUAAACUUGAGAAGCUCUCAAGACACAACUGCCCAGACAAACGUGACAGAUGAGGACCUUCUCAAAAGAUACAGCGAAUGCCAUCCCAGCUCUAGAAAAACAGGUACCUUACAUCAACAGUAAUGUGUGGAUUGUUAGUCACUGAAGAAGAAAGAAGAAUACCUACACAAAGGUUCAGAAGUGCUCCUAAAAGUUGCAAGGUGGAACCUUUUAGAAGAUACAUCGAAUGCCAUCCCAGCUCAAGAAAAACAGGUACCUUACAUCAACAGUUAUAUGUGUGGAUUGUUAGUCACUGAAGAAGAAAAAAAUACCUACACAAAGGUUCAGAAGUGCUCCUAAAAGUAGCAGAAGAUGGAACCUUUUGGAAGAUACAUCGAAUGCCAUCCCAGCUCAAGAAAAACAGGUACCUUACAGUUACAUGCAUGCAUUGUCAAGUCACUGAAGAAGAAGAAUAUCCAAACAUAGGUUUAGAAAUGUACCAUAACAUGAGAAGAAGUAUGUCUGUUACCAUCAAGAGGAACACGGAGAUUUCCGACAGCCCGCCCAUCAGGCAACUGCUGUCAGGAGCUAGUGUGACUGAUACCGAUGGCUUGUGGGAAAUGUUCUGCAGGUUUUGUUAUUAUUUUCUUAAUGUUAUAUAGAUAUAAGGACAAUUUGGUAUUGGUUUUACUUGUUCUAUGUUAAGACUUGUAAUUGUAGGGAUGCCCUAUGUCUUUUAUAGCUGGUGAAUGGUUUCAUGGGGACACUUGUUGCUUCUGAUGUAGAUGGACGAACUGUCAGGUUGGUGAAAUAGUCACAGAGCUGGAAAAUGUAUCAUUUACAGUUUAUGACCCUGUAAAACAAAUUCUCAAUGAGAGAAUACAGUUCCCACUUAAUUUGGCAUUUGCGAUAACAAUCCAUAAGUUGCAAAGACAGACCAUCGUAAACAUAGGUGUGGACUGCAGAAUCGUCUACCAGAAUGGACAAGUGGGAGUUGCAGAAGGAAGGAGUGUUGACACGGCCGACGGUGUGUGAAGCACUACAUCCUGCUGCAAGAAACACAAACAAGACGUCACAGUCUACGGUCAGCACGGGGGUGGUCAGCAUCACGUGCUUACUCAGAGGCUGUGAGAAAAUACACACGACAAUUGCACAGCCACGCUUCGAGUCGUAAGCAAUAAGUGCAGGAAGUAAGUAGUGCUGGGGACUCCCACAAGACAAGACGGGGCAAAUUGUAGCAAUGUUGUCAGUACACUCAGAGGCUGUGAGAAAAUACACACGACAAUUGCAGAGCCACGUUUCGAGUCGUAAGCAAUAAGUGCAGGAAGUAAGUAGUGCAGGAUUAGUUAAAAUAUAUUACAUCGUAGAAAGUCCUUGCACUACGCGGGUUGUACCGUGACUCCCACAAGACAAAACGGAGCAAGUUGUGGCAAUGUCGUCAAUACCAAAAAGAUACGAACUCCUGGAAGAUACAUCGAAUGCAAUUCCGGCCCUAGAAAAACUGGUGCAGGACCUGAUGCAGCAUCUGGAAAGAUAUGUUACUAAUGUAAAAGCUGAAAAGGAGCGCAUUGCAGAGCUGUACAGAUUGAUGCAGAAAAUUGAAGCCGAGCAAGCAAAACAAAAACUCCAAUUUGAAGAUGAACAGAGAGAAAAGGAAGAAUUACAAAGAAAGAUGCAGAAUAUUGAAGUCAAACAAGCAAAACAAUUUGAAGAUUACCGGAAAGAAAGAGAAGAACUACAAAGACAGAUGCAAAUCCUACUCAAGGUGAUCGAGGAAAAGGACAAGGUGCUCGAGGAAAAGGACAAGGAUAUGAGACAACUCAAAGAUGCAAGGGCAGCAGCGGAGAGAAUGGUACAGGAACCUCAACAUGAAGUGCAGAACAAAAAAACCCAGACCUAACACGGAAGGCAAGAAGGAAAGAAAGGUUUGAUCUCUAUAUAACAUGUUAAGAACUUUACUCUUUGGUUAGUUACAGAAGUGAAGACCAUUGGCUUCCAUCUGUAUCAACAAUCGGACGUUGUAUUCGUGCAACAUACUCCAGCACCUAUUUUACCGAAAAAAAGUCUGUUUUAAACAUAAAUGCCCUGACAAAAUUAAGAACGAACAAAGAAACAGUGUUAUCUUGUAGUUAUCUUGUAUGACAGUUAUCGAACAUGUAUAUCCACAGCGUAGUAUACUCAGUAUGGUUACUGGUUACACUACCUAACAAACCUUCCAUGAAGACUGAAAUUAUCUCCUCACAACUUGUAAUGACAUGGCACUAUUCAAAUAUAAUGCUCACGUUUAAUGUGCAUCCCUCCCAAAAUCACUGGAAAAAGUUUGGAUAAUAGUACUAUA